CGAAAUGAAGCGGAGCUGUCCGGAACAUCCGGCUGUAGCUUCUCAACAUAAACAGCAAUGGCGGAGGCAGCAGUAGCGUCUACGGCGACUUCACCAGUAACAGGAGGUUGGACUAAACACGUAACCUGCAGAUAUUUCAUGCAUGGUCUUUGCAAAGAAGGAGACAACUGUCGAUAUUCCCAUGAUCUGACCAACAGCAAACCUGCAGCCAUGAUUUGCAAGUUCUUUCAGAAGGGAAACUGUGUGUUUGGAGACCGUUGCAGGUUUGAACACUGUAAACCAGCAAAGAAUGAGGAGCUGCCGACCCCCCAGACGCUGCCGCUGCCCUCCGCCUCGCUGGACGACCCGUCAGACCCAGAACCCAGUGGGUCAACGCCUGUCCCAGGGGCACAAGACUGGGUCAAUGCAGCUGAGUUUGUUCCAGGACAGCCAUACUGUGGACGGGCUGAGCCGGUGAAGGUGGAGAGCUCUGUCCCUCUCAUUGAGGAGUUUGACAGCGAUGCAGCACCAGACAACAAAGAACUGAGGAAGCAGCUCUGUCCGUACGCUGCUGUUGGAGAGUGCCGCUAUGGAAUCAAUUGUGCCUACCUCCACGGCGACGUGUGCGACAUGUGCGGCCUCCAGGUGCUCCACCCCACUGACAACGCCCAGCGCUCUGAACACACGAAGGCAUGCAUCGAGGCCCAUGAGAAAGACAUGGAGAUUUCGUUUGCCAUCCAACGCAGCAAGGACAUGAUGUGUGGUGUGUGUAUGGAAGUGGUGUUUGAGAAGGCCAACCCAAGUGAGCGCCGUUUUGGCAUCCUGUCCAACUGCAGCCACUGCUACUGUCUAAAGUGCAUCCGCAAAUGGAGGAGUGCCAAGCAGUUUGAGAGUAAAAUCAUCAAGUCUUGCCCAGAGUGUCGAAUCACAUCCAACUUUGUCAUCCCAAGCGAGUACUGGGUGGAAGAUAAGGACGACAAGCAGAAACUCAUCCAGAAAUACAAGGACGGCAUGGGGAGUAAACCGUGUCGGUAUUUUGACGAGGGUCGUGGAACGUGCCCUUUCGGCUCAAAUUGCUUCUACAAACACGCCUUUCCUGAUGGACGGCUUGAGGAGGCUCAACCCCAGCGAAGACAGGCUGGAUCCAACAGCAGGAACCGGAACUCAAGGCGAACACCGCUGUGGGACAUCUUCGACGAACGGGAAAGCACCGACUCCUUUGACAACGAGGACGAGGAGAUGGUGACGUUUGAGCUGAGCGAGAUGCUCCUCAUGCUGCUCGCCGCAGGAACCGACGACGAGGUGACAGAUUCAGAGGAUGAAUGGGACUUGUUUCAUGAGGAGCUGGACGAUUUCUAUGAGAUUUACCUAUAGCAGCCCCACCCACUAACACCCCCCAACCUGUAUACUACACACUAGAAUGGACUGUCUUGUGCGAGUGAUGGACAGUAGCUUUUCCCCCACCCCCUGUAUUGUGGCAGUGCCUUUAAGCAGGCCAUUAAUAAAUGAACUUAUAAAAGAUUUAAAAAAAGAAAAAAAAAUCAAACAAGUCAGUGCACUCGUGCUAAACAUUUUCUAGACAUCUAUCCUCGUGGGUCUAUCUUGUGCGGUUCAUGUUAAGAGGUAAAAUAAUAAAAUGACAAAAAGAACUCAAUAUAAGAUUUAACAAAAAUUAUAACUUUCUUCAAAUAUUGCUAAUAAACAUUGUCAAGUUUAUUUGUGGGUAUGGGUUUGACUUGUUUAUCAUCUACCCAGGUGUUAAUACAUACUUCUCUAAGGAUGCACUCCAACUUACUCAGCACCAUUUACUGUAAUCGUGAUGGGCAUGUUGUAAGAUUUUACUCACGGUUUUUGAAGGCCGGAACUUCGUGUUUUCUUUAUUAAAGCUGCUGAUAGCCAAUAUAAUGUGCUGAUGUUUAAACAUUUACCAUAAUCAUUUUCAUGUUGUACUGAAAGGUAUCUUCAGGGUUAAAAGGCCUUUCAUGAGGCACUUGGAUCAUAAUCAAACACAAACUGUCAAAACAAAGAAACUCUUGUAGCGUUUGUGGCUUUUUAAAGCAGCGUGACCGCUAGCCCUCAUUCUUCAUCUAGACCCGCGUUACACUGUAUAACAGGUCCUGGAUCGGGGCGAGGGGUAAACCUGCCAAGUGGCAAUGGGAUAAGUGACCCACCCACCUUCCUCUUCAACCCCCCUCUCUCACAUACACGCACACACCUGUGCACCCGUUGAAGUAGUCUGGGAAACCGAUGCCUCUGAAUGAAGAAUGAAUUUACUGUGCUGUGAAAUGUGAUGUGAGGUUUUCCAGAUUCUUCUGUCUGUCAGUGAUCUAACUACCUAGUUUUGCAUCAAAAUCUAACUGGCUUCAGAUUAAAUGCUACAUCAAUCAAAUGUAUAAAAAGAAAGAUGGACAACUUCAUUUUAAACCUUUACCCUUCCACCAAUCCUGAAUCUCAGCAUCCAGAAACACCUGUGGUAAUGGCAAGGCCCCCAGAGUCAGGUUAAAGGAGCAGUGUGUACGGUUUAGGGGGAUCUGAUGGAAGAAAUUGGAUCUAAUACUAUAAUACUUCAUUAGUGUGUAGUCACCUGAAACUAACAAUCGUUGUGUUGUUAUUAGCUUAGAUUGAGCCCUUCAUAUCUACGCAGGGAGCCCGGUCCUCUUCCAUGGAGCCUGCCAUGUUUCUACAGUAGGCCAUAAGGGACAAACCAAACACUGGCUCAGGGGAGGGUUAUUCAGCUGGUUGCUAUCUGCAACCUCGCAGCCCGAUGCCACUAAAUCCUGCACACUUAUCCUUUAAAGAGUCAAACCUUGUGAUCAGAAACUCUUCAGCAGACUUGCAGUACAGCCUUUUCAUGUCCCACCAAACCCGUGUGAGGUGUAGAUUCACUGUUCUGUGUUGGCUUCACUGAUGCAUAUUAAGCUUUGCUGCUGAGAUGCUCAUCCACAGACUCCUGAUAGCUGGUCUCAACCUGUUGAACUCCAUUGGAAUGCAUAUGUUUAUACUGAAAUGUGUGUUUUCUAUGUUCCACAGCCAUCCAUCUUAACUUGAAAUUAAAGUUUAUUACCAAUCUC